UUUAAGUUCGUUAUCUUUGUUCUACAUGUUGUUGCUAAGCAAACGUACUCUUACAGAAAGUAGGCCCCUAUUUUGUUAUCGGCUUAAAUGUGUUAAAGAGUCUUUAAAUUGUUGGAAAGAUAAAGCAACAUUAGUACUGGAACUUAUAUCUAAUAUCUAACAACUUAUAUUCAAGAUGUUAAGGAUAUCCUUUUCGUCCAUAAUAACGAUCACAUUGCUAGCCAAUUUGAUAACAGUAAUCGCCACAGAGCCUAAAGAAGUUGAAAUCCAAACUAGGCUGGGAAAUAUAAUAGGAUUGCAGCAAGUAACAAAUAAAGGAACUGUAUAUCAGUUUCUCGACGUACCUUACGGUAAACCUCCUAUUGGUCAUCUUCGCUUUCAAAAACCGCACCCAUUUGGGGCCUGGUCCAAAACAUUAAACGCAACAAAACUAGGUCCGGUUUGCUACCAGUCUAAAAAUCAAACAACUAAAUACCCAGGAUUAACCGAGGAUUGUUUGAAGCUAAAUAUAUACGUUCCCAAUGAAGUAUCUUCUUCCAAUAACAAAGCAGUGAUGGUUUGGAUCCACGGUGGAGGGUUUUUUCUUGGCUCUGGAGGAACUUACGAUGGCAGUCCGUUGUCCUUGAUUGGUGAUGUUAUUGUUGUAACUAUUAACUAUCGACUUGGAGUUUUCGGAUUUCUUCAAUCAAACAAUUAUAAGGCAAAAGGCAACGCGGGACUUUGGGAUCAAAUUCUUGCUCUUAACUGGGUAAGGUAUAACAUUAAAGAUUACGGAGGAAAUCCAAAAAACGUAACAAUAUUUGGAGAGUCCGCGGGAGGCAUGAGCGUGUCGUUACAAUCAUUGAUUCCUAGUAACAGAGGUUUAUUCCAUAGAGUCAUUGCUCAAAGUGGAGUUGCUAAUUCUCAGUUGGCUUUGCCAAAUAAAUCUGCAAAACAUACAAUCGAAAUUGGUGAAAUGGUAGGUUGUUCCCAAGAUAGAAUCAUGAAUGAGCAAAAUUUUAUUGAAUGUUUGCAAUCUGUAGAUGCUAUGGAUCUUGUCAACGCAUCUGACCGAUUAUUCCAAGGCAUAGGGUUUGACUCUAUGGUAGAUAUACCGUUUGCUCCGGCUAUUGAUGGAGAACUGUUCCACAAGAACCCAAACAUUUUGCUAAAAGAUCGUGCCUCAUCCGAGUUUAACUUUUUCCAAUCUUUGGACUUGAUGAUCGGAACUUGUGAUAAUGAAGGCUCUCUUACUUUAGGCCUAUCACCUAGUUUCCAGUCAAAGUUAAAUCUGAAUUUCAGUGAAGGUUUACCUACACGUGAAUUUUGUGAGAGCAUUAUAACUGUGUUUUCAAAAGCAUUAUAUAACAACAGCAGGGAUGUUUCAGCGACAAUUUGCGAGAAGUAUUCUGUUACAAAUGAUAAUCAAGAACAAGCUCGGAUGUUUUUGCAUAUGUAUGCAGAUGCUGAUUUUGUCGCUCCUGCAACUCUUGCCUUGAAACAACAUUCUCAUAGUCUCCAAGGAUCAACAACAUAUCAGUUUGUGUUUUCUGAAGAACUUCCUUUUAUUAAUAAGAAUGCUCCAUCAUGGUAUAAAGGUUCGGCACAUGGAUCAGAUAUGUAUUUCAUGUUCUUUUAUGAAGAAUUGAAGAGAGUGUCGAAUGUUUCCAAAGAGACUGAUGUUUUAGUCGACCAAAUGAGAUCAUACUGGACCAACUUUGCUAAGACAGGGAACCCAAAUGGUCAAAAUUUGCCGGAAUGGAGGUCGUUUGAUGAUAGCAAAGAACAUCCAUUCAUGAACUUGCAGGUCUCAAAUAUAUCUUUGGGAACAAACUAUAGAAAAGGAUAUACCGAUUUCUGGAAUAAAAAACUACCAUACGUAUUUCAACGUGGUUGUGAUGAAAACAGUUGCGCUUUGCCAAUUGUUUUAUAAUGUUAUGCUUAUUUAUUUAGAUGUAUUAGAUUUGAAGCCGCUGUCAUGCACAAGAAGUAUUUUGUCUCAUUUUAUCGAAAGAGAUUUACUUUUGUCAUUUUCUCUUUCAUAAAAGAUUCAUACAACCUCCAUAAAUUUUGUAAAUGAAACCAAUGACCUGUAAAUUUUGUCUUUUCGACUGUUGUUUGUUAACAAGUGUGAUUGAAAUUAUAAUUGUUUGAAAGUAAAUAGUGUCAUCUUAUUUACAAUGCAUCAAACGAAAUAAAUUAUAUUUAUAACUUUUAAUGCAAAAUUAUAAAAAUUUUGACACAUGCAAAGUUUUAAUAAACAUAGUUUGUAAAGUAGAGCAGAAGGUAAAACUUGAAAACAAUAUUUUAAAAAAUAUUCCUUAUUUGAAACAAAUUAGAACUGCUCAUUUCUUAGCCUAGCCUUUCUGUUCAAUCUUCAAAUAUACGAGUGAAAUAAGAUUUAUUUAUUCCUUUGGCAUCUUACUAGAUUUUAUUAAAAUCUACUUACUUGCUAAUUGAAAAAAAUAUCAUAAAGAUUAUUAGUCAAAAUAUUCAAGAAGGAGUCAUAUUAUGGGAACAGGCUAUCAUCCAUAUAACAAAAUCCCCUCACCAAUUUGAUAUAUUAAUAACAA